AUCCAGCGGAGGGGGGAAAAGUCGAUGGAGAUGCGUUUAAGCUGAGAAACUGUCAAGUACCCGGACUCCAGCUCUCCAGCAGCGGUACACAGCUGUACUCUUUUACCAAGUAUGAGGAGCAGCAGACCGACGAGACGGUCUAAACAACACUUCAGACAUGAUGAACCUUAAGGCAAAGAAGGAUUUUCACCCUCCACUUUAAAGUCAAACACAGUCUAUUUAUUUUUUUAUUUUUUCAUUCAUUGGCAUUCAGAAUACCAUGAGCACGCUCCAGCACCUGGGUACAAUGUCUUUUUUAAUGAAAAAGAAGAAGUUCAAGUUUCAAGUGCAUUUCACAUUGGAGGAGCUCACAGCAGUGCCUUUUGUCAAUGGAGUGCUUUUCUGCAAGAUCCGGCUGACUGAUGGUGGGGACUUUGCAGUUUUGUCAUCCAGGGAGGAGGUGCAGCAGAACUGUGUUCGGUGGAGAAAGAAGUUCUCUUUUGUGUGUAAGAUGAGCGCCAAUCCAAUCACUGGAGUGCUGGACCCGUGCAUCUGCAGGGUCUCUGUACGCAAGGAGCUCAAAGGAGGAAAGUCCUUCUCAAAGUUAGGUUUUGCUGAUCUCAAUAUUGCAGAGUUUGCUGGAUCAGGCUCCACAGUUCGCUGCUGCAUCCUGGAGGGUUAUGACACCAAAAACACUCGACAGGACAACUCUAUCCUCAAGGUAACAAUUGGGAUGACUCUUCUGUCUGGGGAUCCCUGCUUUAAAACGCCUCUGAGCACGGCCAAAUCUGUCUCCACGGGGGACGAGGACCCCACCCUGCAGCUGGACUGCAAGGGAGAGAGCACUGAUUCCACAGCUCAAACACUAGGGGGCAUCGUGGAGGGACCUCGUGCCUUCAAACCCCGACAGUCGUCAGUACGUAGCUCAGGUCUGCCUGAGGAGGGAGAGAGUGUGUCCAGCCCAGAUGAGGUCUUUCACACUGGUCAUUUCCGCAGCUCCAGUUAUGCCAGCCAGCACAGCAAGAUAUCAGGCUACAGCACAGGUCACUCCCGCUGCUCCAGCCUGACUGACCUCGGUCACCACAGGAACGCCUCCUCCAGCAGCAGCGCCUCCUGCGGGGUCGCCCACCCGGCCCAGCCACCUCCCGCCACCCCGACUGAGCCUCGCAGACAACAAGCGACUCCUACCAAACCAGAGAGGCCUCCUGCACCUUCUGCGGCAGCCCUCAUGUCCAACAGGUCCUCCAGGAGGAAGAAGGACACCGUGGAGAGGCAGCCCAGCUGUGUGGACGACACUCGCAUCGAUGCAGAUGACAUUGUGGAGAAGAUCGUCCAGAGCCAGAACUUCUCUGACAGCAGCAACAACGAAGACAGCAACUUGAGACUGUUCGUUAGCAAAGAUGGGACCACUGCCCUCAGUGGGACGCUCGCCAGCAGGGGAACACCUGGUAUUUUUGAGCCGGUGGUUAUUGAAACUCACUGAGAGAAACGGCAACACAUCGACUCCUAAUGGUUCUGUGGCAUCUGAUUGUCUGUGGCUGUGUCUUCAGUGCACACAGCUUGAUGUAAGACUACUAUGACAUAGGUUUGGAGCCUUUCUACUAUGUUUAAUCAGGUGAUUGAAGGUGUGUGAAGGUGUAUUUUCUCAAAUAGUAAUUGUGGCCUUGUUUUACCUUAAAUGAAGCAAGGCUUUUGUUUCUAAGGCCUACAUUUUAUGUUCCACUUCCAGCAGUCCAGGGGGAACAGUUCCUCUUCUUUUCUAAGAAACUUUUAUUGUGGAACAUCUGCAGGAAGUGCUAUCAUUGGAGCUCAGCAUCAGGUAGAAUCAGUGUGGAUUUACCCACCGAUUAGUGAGAACCCACAGAACCUGACAAGUAUAAAUGGAUAUUGAACAGAAAUUGAUGGAUCUGAAUUAAUGUCACGUUACUUACUUCACAGUUAAUGCGAAAUGAAUUAUUGUUAACAUUUUGUUGUUACUCAGGAGUGUUAACAUCAAGCUAGCUGCUGUGUUUUGUUACUGAGGCGCCCACAAAUACUGAAUCAGAUCCUUUGGAGUUAUAUUUUGCAGCCAGUGCAUCCAUUUCAUUGGUCCUUGUCCCCUCGCAGCUCUCUUUUAUACAGUUGUAAUUCUGUAUUUCACCAAAACCAAUUUUGAUUUUCUCAGGUGAAAUUCAAGUGCCAGAUUCUAUUUGAGAAUUUACAAUAAUCCAGUGAUGAUUUCCUUUAUAUCGGGUGUGUGUCAAACCGGUCCCCUGGAUCAGUGGAUCACUGCUGUGAGAAUUUUGUUUCUCAAUUGUAACAAAAAGUUAUCAAAAUUCACAAAUUCCUUCCAGCAGGUUAAACACAGCCACAGCUAAUGAAGCUGAAUGACAAAAAAAUAACUACAGUAAUCCAGUUUACUGUACAGGGUUUCACCGUACAAAGGACCAGUCUGAAACACACCCAGAGAAACUUUAAAGAGUGCUAAGUUCACAAAUUACUUGAACAGUACCCUGAAAACCACCACAUUGUGACAAGUGUAGUGCAACACUGAAAUAACACUGCAUACAGGAGGGGGCCCUUGUCAACUCAGGAACGUUGGAACAUGUCCACGUUUGCCACCAGGAAGUGGUACAGGUCAUGAAACCCAGUGUCCACU